CCUCAGCCUCGUUGCGCGUGGUUUGGCCAGAUUCAUCUUCGGAAUUCCAGUUUUAGAACCAGCUUCAAUCAUGCUGCGCUUGCUGCUGUUGCCGCUGUUUCUCUUCACCCUCUCAAUGGUCUGCAUGGGUCAGACUUUCCAAUAUUCCCGCGGUUGGACCAAUGGAAAACGGGCCACUCCCUCGGCUCUGCUGAACAGUGGCCAUAAUCUGGGACUGUUGGAUGCAUUUGAAAUGCAAGAGAAGUCCAGCGAUGUUAAACUGGAACGUUGCUUGAUGCAGCUGCAGCACUUGGCGGGUAACGCCCUGCUGCAUCACUCCUUUGCCAAUGGAUUGGCCUACAAUGGGAAUAGACCCGAUCCGACAGAUCUCAACAUUCAUGCCAGACCCAGACCCAGUGCCAAUAACAACGACAACAAUUUAUUGUACCCUAGAGUCAAUCAGCAUCAAUCAAACGAACUGUACGAAACGGUGUCUGAUCCAGUGGAGCCAGCAGACUUUGGAAAGCAUUGAGUGAUGAAAUAAGUUGGAAAACACAAUCUACUGAUGAAUUAUUAUGACUAGCAUUAUUAUUAUUAUUAUUAUUAUUGCUGU